AUGUCCGGUCGCGGUAAAGGAGGCAAAGUCAAGGGGAAGGCAAAGUCGCGUUCGAACCGUGCCGGUCUACAGUUUCCGGUCGGACGUAUACACAGACUCCUCAGGAAGGGUAACUACGCAGAGCGCGUCGGUGCCGGUGCACCCGUGUAUCUCGCGGCCGUCAUGGAAUACCUAGCCGCUGAAGCCAUGUCGAUCAUGAACUCUUUCGUGAACGAUAUCUUCGAGCGCAUCGCCGCCGAGGCUUCUCGUCUCGCUCACUACAACAAGCGAUCGACGAUCACCUCGAGGGAGGUGCAGACUUCGGUGAGGCUUCUUCUGCCCGGCGAGCUCGCCAAGCACGCCGUGAGCGAAGGUACUAAGGCCGUAACGAAGUACACGAGCUCCAAGUAA